ACGGAAUGGGGCGAGUGCGUUCUUUUUUGUUGCUGCCUUAUACGAGGGGGAGGUGGGGGAGGAGUGUCGUCGUGCCCUUAAGCAGCCGGACACGGGGCCGGGCGGGGUGGUUACAUGGACGGUUGCUCGGAACCGCGACCGCUCGGGAGUCCGAGUCUGGCGCACACCUUCGCCGCACAGUGUCAGUCAGUCUGUAAAAAAGUCGCGUCCGAAGCGGUAGCCUCCGGAACGGCGCGUGUAGCCCGGCUACCCCAGGAACACACAAGCAAAAACAUACACUCACACGCACAGACGGAAGCGGAGCUACGAGGGUGACCGACCAACGUGAAUGUAUCCCACUGUACUAGCAACAAGUUAAGCGCGACAUAGUAGAGAAAAGAAGAUAUAAUAAUAUUGUGAUAAGAAAAGAAGAAAGUGUGUAUUAAGUAGAAGCAGAAGAAGAAGAAGAAGAAGAAGAAGAAGAAGAAGAAGAAGAAGAAGAAGAGGUGUUCGGAACGACCGUAUUGCCUCUGUACCAGUUCUACCUCACCUCCCUACCAGUACCAAUACAGUGCAAUCCGGAUGUCGUUGGGAGAGCGGCGUAGAAGUACUUAAACACGCUCACUAAGUGAUCAACAAGCGCGCGAUGGCUGCCUCAGUCUACGCCACGCCGCCGCCGGAACUGAGCGGCGAGGAAGCGGUGCUGAGCGAUGCCUCGAACUCAUCGCAAACCAACAGCUCCCACAGCUCCACGCUGAAAGCGUCCAAGCGUACGCUCUCGUCCUCGUUUCUGAACGCGGCCACAACGCAAAGCAGCACGCUGACCACCACCUCCCAGCUCAGCUCCGACUCGCUGCCCGAUCUGUCCAAGAAGCGCCGCAAGCAGUCGAUGCCGAUCCGGUUCUCCUCCAACGGUGCGGCCAUCGAGGUGCCACCGGCGGCCGACACGACGAUAGUCGAUGUGGACGAACGGUCCGCCGACGAAGCGCGGCCCGCUCCGGAAGAGGAGCAGCAGCAGCAGCAGCAUCGAGCAACGGGGGAAGCGAACGGGUCGCCGAAUCCCGCCAGCCCGGCAAUGGAAACCGGCGACGACGAGGAGGAAGCCGCCCUGCUCGAGGAGCAGCAGAACAACUUCCAGAAGAUAUUCCUCUCGAACCUGAGUCAAUUACAGCAGAAGCACCUGCAGCUGCAGCAGCAACAUCAGCGGCAGAACAGCGAAGGGUUUCUCGGGCUGGCCAGUGCCGGUGCAACGCUGCCGGAGAGCUUCCUCACCUCCAAGCUGAACAGUUUCAUCGCGCUGAGCGGCGUGCGGGCAGCGGCGGAUCGUGAAUCGAGCUCGCUGGCGCGAAGUGAGGACGAGGAGCACGACGAUGGCGCGGAAGAGCGGGCCCAAUCGCUUGCCGAAGAAGAACCGAGAAGCCGUGAGCAGUCGCCUGUUGGAAAAAGCGCCACUGCCAGUGAGGAUGAUGGGCAGAGGCGCCAGGACGGUGAGCGCGAAGGCGGUAAUGGCCAUCCAUCAGCACACGCGCAACCGAGGCACGAUUCACCGACGGCCGACGAUGGGGAGGGAAAACGGCAACCGGAACAGCACGCAACGGCAGCAAGCCCACCGAAGAUCUCGCUCAAGAAGGAGCUGCUGAUGGACCCGGAAUGGGACGGGGAAAUUCGGAGCAGUCUGCCGAAGGCGGACGACUGGAUCUCGAUAGCGGGGCUGUCCUUUCCGUUCCCACCGGAGGCGGCCGCCGCCCUGUCCGCCUCGGGCUAUCUGCCGCAGCUGCCCCUGCUGGGCGUGCCGUCUGUUUCGGCGUUCGGGCCGGCCGGCGAGGGCAGCGGGGCCGGGCGCGGACCGGGCGUACCGCCGCUGCGCAUCUUCAACCCGGAAGCUUACUGCGACCUGUGCAACAAGGAGUUCUGCAACAAGUACUUCCUGAAAACGCACAAGGCGAACAAGCACGGCAUCUACGAGCCGGCCGCGAGCAACGGCAGCGCGGACGCGAGCAGCUCCGCCCUGUCCGCCAUGAGCAACCCGUUCAAUCCGAUUCACCAGCUGUCGCAGGUGUUCCAGCUGCAGCAACACGCGGGCCCGAUGGCGGGCGAACCGAUGGAGAAGCAGCUGCCGGCGCUGGCGCUUGAGACGGAACGUAUGGCGCCCCAGUCAAUGCUGCAGGGGGGACAUGCCCAAGCCCUGGCUGCUGGCCAACAGCAGCAGCAGCAGCAGCAACAGCAGCAGAGUCAGCAAAGUGCGGGCAAACCGAUGCCACCGCUGCCGGCCCGCUCGGCUCACUCGCCAAAGGUCGCCGGAGGAACGCCCAACCCAAUACAGCCCACCGUGUUUUGUGACAUUUGUUUCAAAAAGUUCAGCAGCCUCAGUGCCAUGCGCAAACAUCGCAGCAAGGCGCACGAGCUGUCGAGCAGCAGUAAUCAUCAGCUGCAACAGCAGCAGCAGCAGCAGCAGCAGCUUCAUCAGCAACAACAGCUACAGCAGCAGCUUCAGCAUCAUCUGCAGCAACAAUACCACCAGCAGCUGCAAAACCAACAGCAACAGCAACAGGCCGCCAAACACGCCAGCUCUCGGCCGGACGCGCCAGACGCGGGCGGUGUCGACUCCGCCACGAGCAUCACGCCCGGUGCGCUGCAGCUUCCCGAUGGGUUCCGCGAGGACUACACGAUCGAGCAGGAGGACGCCACGUUCACGCCGCAGCCCCGCAAGCUGUCGCCCCAUUCGAUGCAGGCCGCCAAGGAGGCGAACUUCUCCGCGGACAAGCUGCGCCGUCUUGGCGUGGUCAACCCGGAAGCGUUCUGCGAAAUCUGCUGCAAGGAGUACUGCAACAAGUACUUCCUGCGCACCCACAAGCUGAAGCGCCACGGCAUCCUGCCCACGCCGGACGAGCUGAAGGACGAGGCGCGCCAACCGUGGGCCCCGUUCCUGCAGACCAGCCCGCUGAACCUGAUCAUGGGCGGCACGGCGGCGGAUGUGGUCGGGGCGCAGAUGGCGCUGCAGGCCGCGUCCCCUUCCUCACUGCGGAAGCUGAUGGCGGCUGGUGGCGGUGAGCUGACCGGGGCGGGCAAUGGCAGCAGCAGCAGCGGCUCGAUCGCGAUCGAAGGUGCCAAGGGGGUGGAGAUUAAGCGCGAGCAGUCCCCGUCGGCGAAGCUGGACAAUGGCGGCGGUGAGUCGGACGAUCAGCAGCAGUCGCAGGACGACGCACCGGGCAACGGGAGCGGUGCCGAGGGGGCCAAGGACGGCAGCGACGAGGAUGCGGAGGCGAUCAGCGUCGAUCUGCAGAAGCUGCAGUCCAUGAUCAUGCAGCUGAACGAUCUGAACAGCAUGCAGCAGCAGCAGCAGCGGAAGGUGGGCUGCGGCGUGUGCGGCAAGGAGCUGGCCAACCAGUACCUGCUGCACGCCCACAUGAUUCAGGAGCACGGGGCGCUCGCGCUGGACAACAACAACGGCCCGAAAGGGUCGCGCGUGCCCACGCCGAACGCCGACGCGCUCGAGACGUGCAAGCAGUGCGACAAGGAGUUCGCGAACGUGUACAUGCUGAAGCAGCACCUGGUGGAGGUGCACGGCGGCGGGCUGCCGGGUAUGGCGAGUCCGAAGCGCGAGGGUUUCGUCACGCCGGAGCGUCCAACGACGGGACCGCUGGCGGGUGGUGCUGGAAGCGGUGGUUCGACCGGUGGCAACGUCCCGAUGCCACCGGGCGCUCCCGUGUACGCCGACCGCAAGCCCAGCUUCUCGAUGACGCCCACCAGCAGCUACUGCGAGAUCUGCAACAAGGAGCUGUGCAACAAGUACUUCAUGAAGACGCACAUGCAGCGCAUGCACGGCAUCGAGAUCGAGAACGGGGCCCAGAUCGGGGGCGUCGUGUGCAACAUCUGCAACAAGGAGCUGUGCAGCAAGUACUUCCUGCGCGUGCACAAGCACAACACGCACGGCAUCGUGGAGGAGGGCGCACCGCUGCCGCAGCCGCGCCAGAACGGUGCGGCCGCGCUGGCCAGCGAACUGGGCGCGGAGUCAACCGAUGCCGGGUUCGCCGGCGGGCCGGCCGACCUGAAGCCGGGCGAGGUUAGCGACCUGAGCAACCGGUACUACUCGCACUUUACCGAGGUGUGCCCGCUGUGCAGCCGGCGCUUCCGCAGUGCCAAGUGGCUGCGGGCGCAUCUGCUCAGCGACCACGGCAAGGUGGGCGUGGAGAAGCUGAAGGAGCUGGAGCAGAAGCUCGGCGCCCAGAACGGGGGCGCGUUGAUGGGGAAUGGGCCGGGUAGCGCCGGCAGUGGCAAUAGCCGCAGCAAAUCGAACAGCCCGUCGCUGAAGGUACCGAACGGGGCGGCGGCGGCGGCAAACAGCGAUGGCGGCAAGUAUGGGCCAAAGUCGCCGUUCGGUGGACUGAGCCCGGCCGAGGCCGCCAAGUUCCUGCCGAAGGGGGCCGGCAGCAUUCCUGCACUGUUCGGGCCGGACCAGCAACAGCCAGGCUCGCCGAUGGGCGGCCUGAAGGGGUACCAGUGUUCGUACUGCUCGUUCGCGACGCCACUGCUGCCGCUGCUGUUCAUCCACGAACGGUCGCACUCCAGCUUGAGCAUCGUACAGCAGCAGCUUCUUCAGCAGCAGCAGCAACAGCAGCAGCAGCACCAUCAACAGCAAGAGGAAGCGCAAGCGGUGGCGGCAGCGGCUGCGGCGGCGGCGGCUGCAGCGGCCGCUGCCCUCGGAGCAGCACCGUUCGCACCGCUGCUCAAGUCCGAAUCGGCCGUCUCGCUGGCGAAGGACCAGCCGACCAGCCAGCUCAUGCCCGGCACCUCGUCCGAGACGCCCUCGUCGACGCCGGCCUCCACCCCGAUACCCUCGCUGUCGCAGGAAGCGCUCAACCUACACCAGCAGCCGGCCCGACGCUCCCAAAUCCCCGAGCGGGCCGGAUCGCCCCGCCCCGAGCCGGACGCACCGCCGAAGCCAGCGUCGCCCAAGCCCGCCUCCUCGCCGUCGGCGCGCGGUGAGCCGGCCGCGAUGCUCUCCGAGGUGGCCAACCUGACCCAGCGCCCGGCCGUGUACGCGCUGCCCCAGCAGAGCGGCCCGCUCAUGAUGCAGUCGUUCCUGAUCGAGGAGUCGGCAGCAGGUGCCGGCGGGGGCCCCCGGUCGCCCCGGGAUGCCGCCGACAAGGCGGACGGGUCGUCGCCGCUCGCCCCGGAUCACAGGUUCGUACCAGCCGUUGUUUUCCUACCCGUUAAAGAGCGUAUCCUCUCGCCGAUGACAAUAUCGUUCAAUCUGAGCCCGGCCUAAACCGGGCCGGGAGUGGGAACCGGGUGUGAACGCCCGGACCGUUCCCUUCCUCUCUAGUCUCUAGUCAUCCAAAUUACCCGACCGGCUGAACCGAGUGCUGACCGGGCAAAAUCAACCUUGUAUCGCAAAGAAAAUCCGCAAAUACGUACGUAAAACUUAUCCUUUCGAAGAAGAAAACAAAAAUCCAAAUCCACGACCUAGAUCUAUCGCAAGAAGAAGAAGAAGAAGAAAGUAUAAUAAUAUGUGAAGCUAGUGAAUGUAAAACCCCUAACCUUUAAAGUAGACCUAAUAGCCAGGAGCGAAAGCAUAAGUUCUUGGUUUGCCGACAGCAAACCAAGCAUAAUGCUAUGGCCUGUCUGUUUCGACGCUGUCAGACACUUGUAGAGAAAUUCACACAAGACAGAAGGGCUUUAAUCGUAAUCGUUGCAACAAGUAUCACCAUCCAAAACGCGUUUGGAUGCAAAACUAAGGCCAUACACACGCAGCAAAACUAAGCAAAACUUCCUUCAUAUGUGUAGUGCGUGCCGGCAUUGGUGGUAAAGGUGUCACCUUACAUGCAGGAUUGAAGCGCAAGACUGAACCAAAGAGAGAGUUACCUAUAAAAAAAACGCUAACAAACACAAACAAACCCAGCAAGGUCAUUAUAAAGUCUCUGUGCCAUGUCCCCGCUGUCACACUGUGUGGAAGGAUGAUUGUUUUAACCGAAUCAGUAAACUGUCAAGCUUUUUAUCAAAUUGCUCCCACACAGCCCAAGCAAAGCGAAGUAGCGACCGAAAAAAAGCGAUCGAAACAAAAAAAAAACAAUGAAUGUUUGUCUCGACUAAUCUUUCAAAUGAUAUGGCAAAUUAAUCAAAAUAACAACAAAAUAGCUAUAGAGCGUGUAAUGCAUCUGCCCGUGGGUAAGAGGCGGAUGAAAAUAAGCGUGGGUCCACGGGUGCGCCUGUGUGCUGGAGAUUCAUUUAGCGGCGUGGCAGGAAGGCAGCAGAGAAGGCUAACUUCUUCGUGAUGUUCUAACAAAGUUCCUAUUAUGAGUAAAACUGAAACAAACUGACAACUGAACUUGUUGUAUCUCUUCGGGUAUGAUAGAUUUUUUUAGAGAAAAAGUCUUACGUGUCGUUGAAAGAAGGAUAGAGACGGCAGAACCUAAAUUGUGCUUUGCGGCCAUUUUUGCGUGAUAGAAGAUGCGCAAAUAAAUCCGCAAACAUAAACAGACGCAAAAAAAACGAACAAACUCGAUAAGUGUGUUAGCGCUAAAAUAUCAUUUUUUGUGAACGCCAUAAUAGGGAUUGUUGAUAAUUUAUGCAACCGAUUGUACCAUUGAGCGCAGAGAAGAAGUGUUUGUUUGAAAUGGUUUAAAAGCGCUGCAUCGUUUCUGAUUGUUUGCAUCUUUAGGUUAUGUGUAGUGUAGUGAAACAGGAACGUAACAAACAAACAAAAAUCCAGACAUAAUGUAUAUUGGGACACAGACAAACGCAAAUCAGGGAUGAUGAUGUAUAGGAGAAUCAUUCCAAAACAUGAAUUACCAUUUACUCAGGGUAUUCGAUGGUACAACCGAUGGCAGACCGGAAGAGAGUGCAACAAAUAUUAGGCUAAACGUAACUGCGAGCUACCUAGGGCAAGGGCGUGUGGUGGCACGCAACUAUUCAGGGAUGAUAACAGGUAGUGCACCUACCACUUAGAACGUAGACAAAGUACACGUCGCCGCAAAGCGCAGAAAUACUUAUCCAAACUCACACCAAACACCGAAAGUUACCAGAAGGCGCCGUAGAUCCUGUAAGUACAAGAGAUUCUAUUUAAACGAAGAUAACAAAAAUAAACCCCGCAAAGCAAAGCAACACAAAGUACAGUGGGUAACAGGGCCGGGAGAUACGGGGUAAGCUCCCCGUUGGCCACAACAACACUUCCUCCUUCAGUACGUAAUAUGUCGUCGUAGUAUGUUGAGCGAACCAAACAUUCAAAUCAUUGCUAGUCAAAACCGAAACCAAAGGGCGAUUAGAUCAUUAAACAAAAUCUACCAUUUAUAGCAUAUACUUAUACAUAUACAUAUACAUACAUUAUUAUAUAUAUAUAUAUAUCCUAGCGUAAUUACCUAAACACCCCUAAAACAAAGAAAACUUAAGCUGUUAGUGUUAGUAUGCUGUCUCUUUUUCCUCAGCUGUUUUAACGCAAUCCUUUUACCACCCAGCAACCCACAACAGAGUAGUUACCAAAGAGGCUCGUUAGACAUUUGUUGCAACCAAACUCUCGGGGCAGCAGAGCUAGUUUAAGUUAGUGAUCGCUUUUAAGUUUAAGCGAUCUUCUCGUCUCGUGUUUGACAUCAUGGAGUAGUCGAGCAGCCCGUAGUACAGCCAGUACGCAGUAGAAAUAGGCCAUUUGCAAGAUCCUUAGGAUAACAACCUUGGUGUAAAUAAUUUGUACGCUUACUUUUUUGACGUCUUUCCGUUCGGUGUCACGGUGUGUCCCUUUCCCGAUUCGGUCAUAUGCAGACGGGGGUGUGGCUACCCCCAAUUGGUUCUGGCAGAGCUCUUCUGGUUUUAGUGUCCUGUUUCCGGUAGCAGUAAUUGCUGUUCCAUCUGUCGAUCAGUCCCGCUUAGCAGUUUAGUAGUUUAGUACAAACGAACCAGAAGACAGUUCCCUUCUCCUCAUUGGAGGUCCCAAUCCCAGCGAUGCGUUAAGAUGCGUUAAGACAAAAAACCCCCGCAAAUCUACGCAACGGGCAAAAGCGAUCCAGGAUUCUCGAGCAGUUGCUCAGGUUUAGCGGGAGAAAAACCCCGUCGUUUGCACUUCAGUGUAUCGGACGGUUGGUCGCGGAAAUUCGCAAAGCGAUUCUGCACAAUUGUUGAUCCACUGCUUUGGCACCUUUUGUGGCGAAGCGGCAGGAUAUCAGGCGGGUGCGUAGCAGGCUCUCCAACACGUUGGUUUCCUUCGAAACAAGACAUAAGGAGUUGAAAGAUAGGAAAGACUUUCUUGUGAGAAUCUUCAGGGUUGGUACCAAGCAAGACAGAGAGCAAAAGAAAGAGCGUAAAUGUGAGAAAUAGCAAAACAAGGACUAUGGAUGCGUAACAUAUGAUGAUAAUAGCACGUUUUCUGCAAUUGCUAUAAAACAAAACAAAAAAAAACAACAAUGGAACUGUACAAUGCUGUGUGCCUUUUUUUAGCAAUUGCAGACAAACGGAUCAAUAAGAAAGCGUACCCAGGCUCGAAAGCGGAAUAAAAGAAACGAAACAAUAUACAGAAGGAAGUGAGAGUAACACUGCAAACAAAUGACGUAAGCAAAGCACGGGCUACAGGAGCGCGAUAUGUGUGCGGUAGGGACGUUCGGAAGCUGGAUUGUUUGAGUAAUUAAGAAUUAAUUAGUAAUAUUUCAUAUAUUUGUAAUAUAUAAUUUCGGGUGAUAUAUGAAGUGUUUGUAAUUAAUUGUGACCGGGAAGACUAGACACCACGGGAAGACAAAUGACACGGGCAAGAAACACAAAAGCGACCGGGUCGUAACAGCAAAGGGCAAAACAAUAAUUGAUAAUAAUGCAACUAGAACAUGCUAAAGACCAGUGUGUAUGCUUUGUAAGACCGAGCAAUCGGCUGGUUAUGAAUGCUGCAGGAGAGAACUACUUAGAGAAACAGCAGAAGCAGCGAAGGAUGUUACAUAGAGUACUGUAUCAAACACAUGCCAUAGUUGGUAUCACACCUUUUCACUAUCUAACUUCGACGACAGACACACACACACAGACAGAGCCCAGUAUUAGGCAGAUGUUAGGACGAAACUACACCAAAGAUCAAAUCUGGCGCCUGAUCGAAUAUCAUCAACUAUACAUCGCGACUGCCAAUACCUCAACAAGAGACUGAACUUCCAGCAGAUAAUCACACGAUCGUAAUGAUGUUCCGUUCGUCCACGUUACGCUAUCUUCUAUCAAUUGCUGGUUUCUUCUGAAAUUUAUUCGAAAACUUUCGUUGUCAUGCGUUGAAACGUAAACGCGAGGGAGGAUCAAUUAUUUUGAAUGCCAUAUUUAGAUGACAUAGAACACACCAUUAGCUCCUUAUUUAACACCCUUAUUUAACAAUGACUGAAUGCGUGUUGAAUGUUUUGUCCGUCGUUUUCCACCUUAGACAUCCACAAGUCAACCUGAGUCGCUAAGAGAUAGCGAAACCUGGAGUCCCGGCCCUUGGGGUGUUUUACAUACUCCGAUUUAAUUAAAUCAUUCGUAACGGCACAUAAUCGCUUGCUUCAUGGUUCUUUUAACGCUGUCGACAAGGAUGUGUUUGUCUAGCUCACAGCUCAACAGCGUAGAAUCUAGAUCGCCUAGAUCUAGAAGUCUGUUUCGGGUUCUAAGGCGAUACAAGACACAAACACUGCGAAAGAAACCCCAAAUAAAAUUCACCCAGAACACACACACACACCACAGGAUUCUUGAGUCAGUGAAGUUUCCCUUCUCAACGGUGGCAUGGUAGAACGAUUGUGGCAUCCGAUUCGUUAUGGCGCGAUAGCAUUUUGCAUCGAAAUGAAGUGAUUAUUAGGCGCCGCUUCAGACCUUGCUUCGCUGUCUUUGAAAGCGUGUGCCGUUGAAGUUCGUUCGUUCGCUCCGUUUCACGAUGGAAAUUGUUGGCGCGAUAAGGUUUAGAUGUUUUACAGUCGGUUUGAGAGUUAAAGUUUGAGGAGAACCAACAAUCUUAUCGCGAUUUUGAAUGUGUUAUUUUAUGAAUUGAAAUAGCCGUGGUUGUCGGUAGAGAUGAGAUUUGUAAAUCGGAAAAAUUUGAACAAACUGGCGCCAUGUUCGCGAGUCCUUCGGGAUGACACCACCCAUCUUCCCGGCGCGUGUUUUAUGUCCCACACCGAGUGUGCACAAUUUUGAUGAACGACCCAUUGGUGGUUUUUAUAGUAAAAAAAAAGUUUCGUUUUUCGUUCGAUGUGACCAGCAACACAUGGAGCUGUACCGAGCCACGGCCAAAACUUGCUGGACAGUUUGGUGGCGAUUGUUAUUACACUCACACCAGUAUCUCACCCUCUCUGUGGCAGCAACUGCGAAAGGAGUGUAUUUUUUGUGGUUACAAAACAAACAAACAAUUCUUAUCAAAAUAUAAAAUCCCCUCUCGCGCGCUCUCUCUCUCUAUCUCUUUCUCGGUGGCUAUUAUGAUAAGCCGUCGUUAGUAUUUUGUUCGCUUCCUGCGCUGGCAUAGUCCUGGUGUGGCCACGGGACGGGUGGUGGCCUAGGGAAAAUAAAUUAUUUAUCGAUUUUAUUUUUUGUUUCACGCGCGUACGCCUGCCAUUUCCUUUCCUCGGCGGCCUCAAGCGUUCAUUAUGCUAUCUCGAAGUCAUUAUCGAAGCUGAAGUUUUUAUUUCGAUUUUUCCCAUAAUAUCUACCGAAAGUGCCAGUGCCCGGAAAAGCAAAAAAAAAAAAUAACAGUAAAAACUAAUGGUAUGGCAGAGGAGGUUUGAGGGUGUGAGAAAGAGAAAGAGACAUGCGACAAACGGCUAAAACCGAUCCAAUAUCUGUCGAAGUCGAAGACUGAUACCAUUUCGGCGGUAACGUCAACAUCCAACGCUGGGUCGUCGUGGCCCGGGGAGCCGGAACGCGCUGGGACACAUAUAAAUCCGUCCGGUUUUUGUCGUGCACCCUUCCACACACUACUACUACUCCCACAAACUGGUCAGUCUGGGGUGGAUUAAUGGCGAGCCCCUUCGAACUUCUGUGCGGAUGGGUUCUGUAAAACUGGUCAAUCCAUUUCCUACUUUGUGGCGGGGAGAGGGUGGAUUGGUGGCGAACCAGUAAGGAUCAUAUAAAUUUGAUUAAAUUUAUGUAUGUGCGCAGUUAAUGACCACCGAACGGUUCAUUGGGUUGGUGUUUUUUUGUUGGGAUGCCACCAUCUCCGUCCGUCUCGGGCCCUUUACUGCUGCACGAUUGAGCGGUUAUGUGUUAUUUUACGCCUCUUCAGGCUCGAGGGCUCACUGUUUGGGAAGCAGAAGGUUUUUGUUUUGUUGUUUUCGAAUGUGACCGAAGAUGCGUCUGCGUGUGUGAGUUGGAGUGUUAUUUUAGUCUUAUUGUUUGAUGUGUCCACUUCAAUUUUUAUCGACCAAAGGCAGAGGGAGCGCAUUUGACGCCACGCCAGAAAUCUUGCGCUCUGCGCUUUUUUUUGCGCCAAUUUAUCACGCUGGACACCAUUUUUGCCACUCACACACACAUGUGUCUGUAUCGCUAGUUUGUCGUAAAAAAAAUCAAUAACGCCGGAAAACGAAAUGCAUCAUAAACUGUCGCAGCUUUGUGGUGAUAAAUUACAUUUUUUUACACACAAAUAUGUUUCAACCCACGGGCCGCUUUUAAAGCGCGGCAGGGAAACUGCACGCAACCUUUCCCCCACUCCCAAACACGAACCUGCAGAGAUGGGCUCGAAUUUCGAUUUCUCUCUAGUUUAAUUGUUCCAUACUGAACGUUUAUUGCUGCUUGGCAUAAAAAUCGGACCCUACUCGCCACAGGAUACCGAGCAACGGGCAUCGCAAGGGCAUGCCAAUCCCAAAAAUUUAACCGAAAAUAUUCAAAAUCUGGCACAAUUAAUGGCUCCUGCCACUAUGUAAUGCUUUAUUCCAUUCAGAGGAAAACUUUUUUUUCUUCUACUUUUCCUCUCAAUGCACAAUUCCGAUCGCGUGCUCGUUCCGCGAUAUGUUACAUACUGUUUUGAAAAUAAUAAUGGUUUUUGGUUGCGCUGCACAAGGGGGACCCCAUGCUUUGCAUUCGAAGGAAAACCGAUCGCCACCACGGCAUUGUCCCUUCCAUCAAUGUUAACAAACGUUUCCCUUCGAAACCAUUUGGGUGAACCGAGGAGAGAAGGGGACUGCAGAAGGUUCGUAUCUCUUCCCGAAGGUCCUAAAAACUAUUGAACAACGACGGUUGAACCAAUUUGCAGCCUCCGCGUGUUUGUCUGUGUACGGGACACGUUCGUCGCUUGGUGUUUUUGGGAGAUUUUUCGUCCUUUUUUGCGUCGUUGUUCGGAUAUUCAUGAUUCAUUGCUCUUUGUAGUGUGUGUGUGUGUGUGUGUGUGUGUGUGUGUGUAUGUGUGCAUAGAUUUGUAUUUCUUCUUUUGCAUUCUCCGACUUCAAUUUUACUGAACUAGAUUCAAAUUCACACACUGACAAUUGUAUGAGUUUUCUGAUUUCUCCCUUCUUGAAGGGAACGGUCGUUUCCACCGUAACCAAAUUAACAGCAUAAAUUAUAAUUAUUCCAUGCUGCUGCUGAUGCUGCUGCUGCAGGACACAUGCACCAGCGAAAAGCCGAUUGUAUCGAUGAAUUAACGGCCAUCGGCACGGGGCAAACGGUCGGUCGGUCGGUCCGAAACACUCGUAGGAAUCAAAAAUUUGCAUCCCAUUUUAUCCGGAGGGCGAGUGAGUUUUUGGUUUCCAUAUUUUGCAGCAGCAAGCUUGCGAAGCUAGGGUGGAAUAUGGUUUUUGGGUAAUUCUAUCGGCAGUGCAUGUGCCGAAUUUGUGAAACGAAUGCAUUUUUUCUAUUGCAUUCUUCAAGGGCACGUGAUAUUUUUACGUUGCACUAUCCUGUAAAAUGAACCCUCCAGCUCGGGACAAACCCGAUGGCAACCGAGAGUGUUUUUUUUUGUUCGAAAAUGAAUUUAAUUUCACAGUCCCUUUGCAAACUGAUACAAUGGCCAACGCCUAGAUGACCCUUGUCCAGAAUUGAUCAGCAGUUGAUAGCAAAUAGCAGGCGGGCGACGAAAGUGGACGGAACAAACCAACCCGAACAGAGAUAAAAUAAAUCAAAAAAAUAACAACUUGACCACCAGGGUAGUACAAAGAUUGGCUCAAUUUACCGACGACUUGCCUACGACGCGCAUUAUUCUGCUCCGUAUCUCGAGCACGGGAGCUGCCAAAUGCAAAAAAAGCGCAUCAACCCCACGUGUAACCGAGGCAGAACGGGUAGGCAGCAGCGAUCGAUACUCGAUAGCCUGUCGUUUCGAAAUCGUGCAACGCGAGAACAAUUGUGCAUAAUCGGUUACGGCUGAAUCCUGUAAUCGAUGCGCGCCGGGAACACUGAACGCAGCAAAUGGCCGUACAUCGCGAAAUGUGGAUGCUUCAACGAGAUAACGUAAUGGGAUCGAUUAUUAUAACAAGGAAAAAAAAUAGCGAAAAAAAAACAUGAACAUUUGAAGGAAUCGGCAAGGCGAGCCAAACGAUGAUUACACCAACAUCACAUAAUACAUACAAAAUCCACCUUCUCAAACAGGCGAAAGAGAUAGGGCAGAACUACAAACACAUCGCGUAAAGAAAAAGCAUAACAAAAACCUUAUCCAACGGAUGAUGGUUGAUGAUUUUGUACAAAAAAAAAGAAAGAAAUCGAAAAAUAUUGCAACCAUGUAACGACAGUGCAUGGUAUAAUGGUAUGUGUAGUUAAAUUGCAUUUAGAACGCAGCAAAUUUGGAGUUUAUUCGUAUGUCUCUCGUACUCUAACUAUGAAUUGAACGCAUGCAUUCACACAUAUAUAUAUCUUAGAACAAAUUCUCAGGCGUCCAGAACUACAACAGACAUUUUCGUGUGUAAGGAUACGUAAGGAAAGGGAAAGCAAACCGAAACCUAACUUACCUACUACUAUGGUUGCCGGACUAAUUGUGUGUACUUUAAGGAAAGAAAUAAAACACAAACAUUUAGUAACAAAUCCACGCCCCACUGCAAACAAAACAAAACGCCCCAGCUGCAAAGAAGGAAAGCAUACUUCAAAUGGAACAACAUUUCAGGGAGGGGAAAAACUUCUGUUUCUUGGAACGCGAAAACUGCUUAUUGAGGAAAUUUUGUUUUCAGCAAGUUUCGUACGCGUAACAUUACAUUAAUAUUACAACCAAAGCCAAGUGGCGAUGGCACUGGAUAUCCUUCCCGCGGUGAAGAAUUGUUUGUUGUGGACGUAAAAAGCAAAACAGUGGACAGUGUGUGUGUAUGGUAAACAAACUUAUAUCGUAACAAUUAUUAGUAGCAGCAGAACAAAGCAGUGUUUUAUGAGGUUAAGGUUUUCGGGGGGCUUCGUGGGCGGGUAAAGAAACAAACAAAAUGCAAAUUGCGUGAAACAACAUUGUGCAACAGUCUCAGGAAGUAUAACAAGACACAAACGCAAACUAAUAGACUAACAGAGUAAGGUAAAACAAUGUAAAACUAUGUGUGAAUUAUCUCUCAACACACAAACGAACACUAUUACAAACAAGUUCUCUUGAAAAAGAAGAUAACAUAAAAAGAAAGAAAGGAAACACAAAAAUAACAAUAACAAUAGCAGCAGAUUAGUGGAACCUAUAAAACGCUGCAAACGAUAAAAAAGUGGCUAAUGGAAUAGAAACAAAAGUGCAAGCAAAACGGAAAAUCAAACCAAUAGUAUGUUGCGUGUAUAUGGUUAGACCGGACAAAGAUACAAAGUAGCAAGUAACAACAAAACGUACCUUUUGAAGCAAAAACCCUAAACUUAAUGCAACUCUACUGCAACCAAAACAAAUGGAGCAAAAAGGUGGUGGAAAAAGCAUACAUUUAAAACAAAACAAAAAAUGAGCGAAAAAUCAAAAGAACCUUUGUACCCUUGUGCACCUGUUAUUUUGUAGGUGCCACUGGUUCAGGUUCAAAAACUCCCCCCGUAUCACCUUCCUACAACACACACGAAGAAUAAGCAAACAGAACAAGAAAACACAAACAAAACCCGGUAAACAAAUCCGUUUUGCUCUCAAAUACAAAGGAAACAGAACGUGAGUUUCAAAAUGCCAGUUACCAAGUUAAUGUUUUUUAGUUUCUUUUUUUUGUUUUCUCACGCGGUUUUACAUCGCUCUGUUAUGGCAACAAAUGAGUUGAAAAGUUGUUUUGUUUUGUUUCGUUUUUUUACCGUUAAGCAAAGCUGACCGCUUCAGGUGGUUAUGGAUGGUACACGCUUUUUACGAGUUUCCGUAUAUACUAAUUGCAAAACACAAGUUUACAAAGCACUUCAUUUACCUUCGCCCCACGCCUAGCUCAAUCAAAUAAUCGUUAAAAGAUCAUAUCCGCUUCUUUACGAUUUUAACAUCACAUCAAACAGACUCACUCACUGUACGGAGGCGAUGUAGGGGCGAGGCUGUACAGAGAGAGCGAGACGGAUGCUGCGUUAAGGGCUGCAAGUUGAAGAUUUCGACAGUCGGCGUCGGUUGUUGGUUGGUUGGGGGUCCAUCCAUCAUGCAAUUUAUGGUUUGUGGAUGGAUUAUGUUUUAUAACCUAUAAAAUUGCACAUCCUUUCUCGGCAAAAAGGAAGUGUAUCCUCCUACAACGCUUGAAUAUGUUUUAUUCAACUGCGACAAUAAAAAAAAAAAGAAACAGCAAGCAGUCGUUUAUCGUGCUCUCGUAAUGUGGUGUGCGCCCUCAGUCCGGGUUACAGUUUACGACAUUUGAUGUCAUGUUAUUGGGUUGCAAAACUUUUAGCAUCCUUGUUUGUCGCUCGCUCGCGGAGGCCACAGUGCGUGUUGGGAAUUAAAUGGUUUAUUUUGCUUUAAACUCCUUCACUUCUUAAUGCAACAUAAACUCGCUGGAGUUAACGUGUCCAACGGCUUCAUCUGUUUGUAAUUUUUCACACGCCAAGUAAACAUGCAUUUGCACGUAUCCGUGCUCCGGCUUGUACAUUUGCAAUGGACCUUCGGCCUCAUUCUACUCCACCUUUCAAUCAGCUAUUCCUUCCAAAAUGAGUCUAUUUUGUGCACUCUUUCUCUUUUCACGCCCAAGUAAAGAAGGAAAUGUUGGCUGCUUGAUUUACUAUUUGUGUUCAUUUAGUUGGGAUUGAAUCUAUAUUUUCGUAUCCCCCUGUUUCUCCUUUCCUUUCCCUUUUUCCUAUGCUUUUGUUUCCCUCUUCUUAAGUAAACUAGACGAUAGUAGAGCUAGAUGGGAGUGUGGUAGGUUCGAAUCGCCACUACCACCUUGUCGAUUUACUUCUGGCCACACGGGCGCUGCUGUGCCGCAGAUCCGUGUCCACAUGUGCAACGGGCUCCUUCAGGCGCUCGUCUUACGUAAAGUGAAAUUGCGAAACAACCACAAAACGUGUAGCAUACAUCAAAAACUCUGCCCCUUUCCUGUGAUGCUCUCGCCUCUCUAUUAGUUGGUCCUCCACCAUCUCCACGCUCAGAAUCAACAAAAGCGAAUCUAGCGCAUUUGUUCGGUUGAAUCAUACUGUUUUUUUUUGUACGUCGGUUGCUUGGUUGUUUGGUUGGACUCCACGCCGCGAUGAUGGCAGAGUAGUGCUACACCAUAUUGAGGUAUAUUGAAAAACAUCACGAAGCAAGCAACGCACCAGCAUCUUGGAAGCUUGCAUAAACAUUCAUCAGUGCCGGAUGGACGUGGUACCAUCGAUAGCUAACGCUGACGCACUUCCGCCGAUAGUGGUGGUGGCUGGUGGUGAUGGUGGCACUUUGCAAAAAAAAAAGAAGGGAAAUGGUUUUCAUUUUCCACCCUACUCUACGCACAGACGAAAGAUGCGUUUCUCGGUGUUCUGAUGCUGUGGGUAUGCAGCAUCAGGCCAACGUACACGUGGGCAUGGUUUGCGGGCUUGUUGCCAUUACCAAAUCUAGGACACAGAGCCCGGUUGGACCGACUUGGUUGCGUGAAACUGCGCUUUUCUCUAUGGGCUUUUUUUUGUUGCCUUUGCUGAGGUUUUGGUACAGCAAAUGUGGGUUGUUCAAUUUCCUGCUCCUGCACACACACACACAUACAGACACACAAAGCCUCUAUAUGUGUGGUGAGUAUUGGCAUGUUUUCCUCUGGUCCUUUGCCUCUCCAGCUAUCUACAUAUUCUAUAGAAAACAUGAAAAUGGGCAAAUGAAGAAGAAAAAAAGUUUCUUCUCUUAUCGUUUGGAAUAUCUUACGUAGGCCAAUGUGUUGCUUGUGCCAAUUUUUACCUUUCCCAGCUAGCCCGGGGAGCAAAAACCAUUCGAGGGUCUUGCAGUUGAAUGCAGAAAGACAGCACUGGGUGAGAUUGUGCUGUGGCACCGGCCAAUCUGUUUUAAGGAAAGUUUUUUUUUUAAUUCUUUGUAAUCUGUAUUUUUUAAGUUUAACGAAUGCUUUUAAGAAUUCCCUGAUAGCAAAGAUUUGUUUCACAAUUUUAUUGGAAACAUGCAUUUUGGCAUUUUGUUUCCACAGAUGUGCUAGAUUCAAUUCCUGUCUAAAGCUAGACCCAAACGAUCGUUUUUUGCGUUUAGAAAUAGAAAACAAUUUUAUUGAAAAUAAGGCUUAUUAUAAAGCUUUACAACCUCAUCUUUCUCCGUUGUAUUUCCCCCUCUCGUCAUCGGCAAGCAAAUGUGACCACAUAGGCUUUCACUCGUCGCUCGAAUGCAUUACGAAAAACCUUUCCCCGUAGCUCCAUUUUUCCUUUGUACAAGUCAACACACUUUUCAUCUUUACCGGAACGUUCCAAACAUUCAAUUUCUUUUACCAGAUAAUUUUACCUUGCACAAAAAUGUGUAAAAAGGAAAAAGUGAGUAAGAACUGAGCCGAACUUUGGGGCCAAAUUCGUCUUGCUCUAGACUCCUGUUCCUUUCCGACACUGCCCCGGCCGUGUGUACUAGCCCGUGAAGAUUCUACUUACAUUCGCAGUCGUACCAACGCAGGUCGCAGAGAAGAAGUAGCAGCAGCAGCAGCAACAGAAAAAAACGCCAUUCUCAUGCUGGCGAUGAUGAUGAAAGUGAAGAAAAUUUUUCCGACAACAGAAAACUUUUUUUUUCUGUUGUCCUUACCUCCUUACCUCCCUAUCGCCUCUCCGUGCCGCCCGCCGCAAUGCAUUGCGUUUUUCAUCGGUAGAGUAGAUCCUAUUUUUCACAACUUUCACUUGCGCCGAGAGCAGCAGCAGCGGCACAGCAUACCAAUUCGGAGGGUAGUUGGGAAGCAAGAGUUUUGCACCGGCAAUGCUGCUUCCUUCUAGUUUUUUCCCCCCACCGCUUUUUGGGGAGGCUGAGGGGUGCUGGGGGGGGGCUAGAAACGGUGUGGUGUGUUGCGGUUGCGAGCGAUUGCAUGAAGAAUUUGAUGGCUAGAACGUGAAAUGAGACCGGAGAGAUAAAUGGAAGGAUGAUUUAUACCCGCCCAGGCCAGCGCCAGCCUCCCAAUACCCUCCCUCUCUCUUCCGGAAUGCCAGUUGACGGAAUGGUGAAGAAAAAAAAACAGCCAUGCAAAGACACGCUCUCUCUCUCUCUCGGUGUAUGUGUGUGUAUGCUCGGAGAAAGAAAAACCUCACAGUUUGCUCCCCACCCCGGCUUUUGGGAGGCAGGUUUUGUCUAUCGUUGUGCGUCUUGCGAUGGUGGCAAGGAUGGGGCUUAUUUAGAAAAUACAUCUUACCUCCUCGCCGGGUAGUGUGGUACACACCCACCUCCCUUCAGUAAAGUCCCCGGGUGCUCGCAUUGGGAAAACAGAACAAAAAAAGAAAACAGAACACACGCAGCAACAAACACAAAACGUUACUUCGCGAAGCAGGUGACGGUUUGGAUUUUUGCGUUUUUUUUUUGGUUUGUGUUCGUUUGCUUUUCUUACUUUUAUUUGAACUUCUUGGUUCGUUAUCACACAGGCAGUAGUUGGGGGAAGAAAAUUAAGCAUGGUACAACAGCAGUAGCAGCAACACACAAAAAACACACACACACACACCGGAAUGCUUGCGCGCGGAUGCAUUGGAAGGGCAGCAGCGCACGGAACGUCGUGGAGGAGCGAGAGCAUGGUUGAUAUAUCUCAAUUUUUAUGCUGUAGUUUGUGGCUGUGACGAAAGACUGCGACGACGAACGAUAGGAUGGCUGGUGUGUGGCGUAUUUGUGGUUCGAUGGUGUGGUGUUGUGGAAUGCCUUUUUUCUUGUUGUUGUCUAAGUUUUUGUUUUGUUUUUGUUGCUCCUUAUGCUCAUCAGUUGACGCCUGUUGGGUUCCAAUGUGCUAUGGGAGAGCUUCUUUUUAUCCCUUCUAGCUUUACUCUAUCGCCUACCAAUUUUUUCCCAUUGCAAUCGUUGAGUGAUGGAAAACGGUGUUACGCGAUGGGACGAGAAUGUAAAAAAACGAAGCAAAAAAACAAACCCACAAACAAACAGCAGCACCACAACAACAAAACUUUCGCCUUUUGCUGAUGAUAAAUGAAGGAUGAAGAAUGUCCUAGUGGUGGUGAUGGUGGUGAUGGUGGUGGUGUUGGUUGUGCUCCCUGGCCCUGGCGAUCGUUUGGAAAAUUCCAAAUUUAUGGAAAACGAAAGGCGACGCCCGGGAAAUGGCGCUGUUUGUUCGCACCUUUCACCGGUGAAUUUCAAUUUUUUUAAGCACAUUUUGGUGUGUCGGUUUGCAUCCCUACCAUCAGCAUCGCAAGAGAGAUUACCGUGUUGUGAUGGUGUAAUAUCGUUGUUGUUUUUUUUGCUUUUCAUUCCUUGGAAAGCCUGGGGAAAGCCAAAAAAAGAAGGUAAAGUAAAAAAUUUUAAUUAAACUUUACAAAAUCCAUCCAACAAAGCCUUCGGUGUGCCGGUGCUGGUGUGUCUGUGUUUUUUUCUUUUUGCGUUCGCUUUCCACCCCCCGUUUGCGCAACUUUCAUUUUUGGUAAAUGUCAUCCAAAGCGACGACGUCGUUGCGGCGGCUUCUUAUCAGGCGGACGAGGAGGUGUAGCGCAAGUUUGACUUAUGUGUGGUUCACGCAAAAGGCAAGGGAGGUAAAAAAUGCGAGCUGGAGCUGGAAAGUGUUUUGAACAAAUUGAACACAGUUGCGUUGAAUGGAAGGAGAUUUUGCCAUUUUAAAUGAGAUUGAGCAAAAUGAAUAAUUUAUCAAAGUUUUGCUGCAUUCGUCACGCCGGGGCCGGGUGUCGGUUCCUUUUCCGAGCUGCUGCUGCUGCUGCUGCUGCAAUCGUGCAGGCUCUGACAGGAUCGUCUGUGUUUGGGGUGUUCUUUUUUCUUCCUUUUUUUCAUCUCGGCCGGUAGGACCGGAAUGUUUAGAGUGAACGAAAAAUUUAUUCCAAUUUUGAGCGAUGGCUAAAUUAUGCAUAACUACUUCAUCGCUCGGCGCCCUCCGGUGGCGCAAAUAGUUGGUACGGGGCCUUUGGUUGGAUGGUCCGGGCUUAUGGGUCUACCCCCAAAAUCCAUCACUACACGGUGCAGAAGAUGAUCAGUGUGUGUGUGUGUCCCUUCCCUUUUAACUAGAUUGAGGUUGAAGAAAUAUGAGCACGCUCCCCACCGAACAUGGUUAAGGUUCUGGGGUGGGAAGGUUGUUUUUGUGUAGAUUUUCAAAAAUUUUCAAUUUGCAUUAUGGAUUCCGAGGCAGAAUGGCUGGAAUGUAUAAUGCAUCUAAUUUGAUCUGCCUUCAUUAUUACAAACGAUCGAUUGUAUUGCUGAAGCUGAGGUAUAAGCAGCGGGGAUUCGUCUUCUACGCUCUAUUCCGCCUUUGUCUAACAAGAUUCUCUACAGGAAAAUGCCAACGCAUACGUAUAAAAGCGAACCUCAAUACGCAUUUGACCAUUUCCAAUACGAUUUUGGCCAAAGUAUACUUCAUACAUUCUCUGUAGGAUAUCUGCUUAGGAAAGCAUAAUCCGGUCCACCCUCGUUGGCAAAGC